AUGUUUCGAGCUGCCGCAGCUGGUCCUUUUGACGAAGGCGUCGCCAAGGCCACCGACGAGAACCUGACAUCGGAAGACUGGGGAGCUAUCAUCGAGGUCUGCGACCGCGUAGGCAGCGACCAGAAUGGCCCCAAGGAGGUCGUUCAGGCCAUGAUCAAGCGUCUCGCCCACCGCAACGCUAAUGUCCAGCUCUACACCCUCGAGCUCGCAAACGCCCUCAGCCAGAACUGUGGCAAGAAUAUGCACCGCGAGCUCUCAAGCCGAGCCUUCACCGACGCCAUGUUGAAACUCGCAAACGACCGCAAUACCCACACCCAGGUCAAGGCCAAGAUCCUCGAGCGCAUGAAGGAGUGGUCCGACAUGUUUAGCAAGGACCCCGAUCUCGGCAUCAUGUAUGACGCAUACUUCCGUCUCAAGCAGAACAACCCAACUUUGCAGGCCCCCUCGGCGCCCCAGAAAACUGGCCUGACCGAUCUCGACCGCCAGAAGGAGGAUGACGAGCUUCAGAUGGCAUUAAAGUUGUCGCUGCAGGAGGAGGAGAAGAAGAAGGCGCCUGCCGGGUCCAGCGCCGGUUUAUCGUCUGCUUCCGCUGCCGCUGGAUCCUCGACACAGGCCGCUGCACAACCCCAAACUCACGCUACACCCGUAGCUGCUGGCACGACGGCUGCUACGGUAUCAAGGGUGCGAGCAUUAUACGAUUUCGUUCCUUCCGAGCCGGGCGAGCUCGAGUUCAAGAAAGGCGAUGUUAUUGCAGUCCUCGAGUCGGUCUACAAAGAUUGGUGGCGGGGCUCGCUCAAGGGAAAGACGGGCAUUUUCCCCCUCAACUACGUUGAGAAGCUCACAGAUCCGACUCCCGAUGAGCUGGCACGCGAGGCACAGAUGGAGGCCGAGGUGUUUGCAGAGAUUAAGAAUGUAGAGAAGCUGCUCACCCUCUUGAGCACGUCUAACACGGCGCCGAGAGAGGAGGACAACGAGGAGAUAUCCAAGCUUUACCACCAAACGCUAGCCAUCAGGCCAAAACUGAUCAAGCUCAUUGAGAAGUACUCACAGAAGAAGGGUCAGAGAUGCUCCACUCGCUUGCCUGUGUCCCCUAGACUGACCAACCAACAUGCAGACGACUUUACACAGCUGAAUGAGAAGUUCAUCAAGGCUCGCCGCGACUACGAGUCUCUCCUGGAAUCGUCCAUGUCGCACCCCCCUCAGCCUAGCUACCACCAAUAUGCUAUGAGACCCGGUCCCGGCGGAUACCCAGGCGGAUCGGGGUCGGGUUACCCUCCCCAGGGUUCUCAGGGCCCCCCUCAGGGCCCUCCGCAGCAGCAGCAGGAGCAGAGAUACUAUACCCCAGCACCCCAAGACCAACCACAAUACCCCCAGUCCACGCCCUCGCCGAGUUUCCAGCGUCCGGCACAGGCAACGCCUGCUCCCUUUUACGUUGCCGGUGCAGAGGUUCCUUCAGCAAGCGGACCGCCUCACAACCAACCACAACAGUAUCCCCAGCGUGACCAACGUAUUCCAUCCACGGGAAAGGCACAGGUGCCUCCGAUCAACACCUCGCCAACACCGCCAGCCAAUGCGUAUUCCGCGUACACUCUGCCUCCCAAUCAAAGGCCACAGAGCACAUAUGGCCCCCAGGAGCUGGCAACGUCUGUGUAUGACUCGCCUAUUGCUACCCACAACCCGAGCUCUGCUGCAACAUACACAUCAUCCGUCUAUUCACAAGACGAUUACAACAACGGUAGCCCCGUCGUAGGUCACUCGAUCGUCCCAGCCCCUUCGUCUUUCCAACCAUCGGCACCACCAGCCGGGCAGCCUUCAAAACCACCUCAACAACCGCCGCAACAUCACCAGCAGCAACAGUACCAGAGCUACCAGCCACCAGGAGCUCAGGGACAGGACAAGUACAUCAGUGCCCCUACUCAGGCACCGCCGCCUGUACCGACCGGGGCAGCUCCGCCUAUCCCUGGUGCCGGUCGAUCUGAAGUGUUGACGCCGCCUCCCCUGCAGCCUGGCGGCCCAGCCUACGAUGCCAGGAACAGUCUUCCGAGCCAGGGCCCCUCACAGCCGCAGUACAGAGCGUACGUUCCGCCAGGUGGUGCUGCCGAUGGACCGAGCGCACCGCCCGCUGCGGACUACUACCGACAGAGUGGCGUUUACUAG